GGUUACCAGCUGGAGGUGAACUGCCGGCAGCUGAUGGUGGAUUUUGUGAAUCAGUCGGUGCUUCAGAUGAGCAGUCAGGACGUGGAGGGUGAUCGUUACGAGAGGACAGAGUUUGCGGAGAGUCUGGGCGCUCUGAAUUUUCAGUGGCAGAAACUGACCCAAGUUCUGAGCAGGAAGAUCCUGCUGUUGGAGACACAGCUGGAAUCGUGGACAGAAUGCGACCGCAAUGUGAUGUCCCUGAGUAGUUGGCUCGAUGUGCAACGGGACCGUCUCAGGAAGGAUCGGGAAGCCUGCAGCCAGACAGCAAUAGGAAAGGCACUGACUGACUGCCAGGAACUCGGUAAGAGCCUGAAGGUGAAGGAGACGGAGUUGGGAAUGCUGCGACAGACAGUUCCCGGGAUGACAGAGAACAGUGUCCCAGAAACACCAACCAGUGUCACUCGAAGACUGGACCAAGUACGGGACUCCUGGAGCCAUCUGGACACUGAGGUGAACCAGGUUCAGUCCAUUCUCACCAGCCGGCAGCAGCUGUGGGCACUGUACCAGGACUCGUAUCAGCAAGUCAACGGGAACAUUGUGAGGGCUCGCUACUCCUUGAAGCACUGCACACCUCUCUACAGUUCACUGGAAUCUGUCAAGAUUCAGCUGGAGAGCUUACAGGCUCUGCAGGUCACACUGGAGGGUGGUGAGGAGAGCUGGAGGAAAUUCCAGGAGGUUUCGCAAAGACUGAAGCAGGAAUGCUGUCCUGCACUAGCACAACAACUGGAGAAGAGAUGUGAGGACACCCACAGCGGGUGGAUCCAUGUUCAGCAGGAGAUUACAGAGCAGCUUCGCUCGUGUCAGACUCUGGGCCAGCUCUGGCAGCGGUUUACUGACCAUUCCCAUUGUACCUCGGCCAGGCUGCGGGCGUGUGAGGAGCACUGUCACCCACUGCUGACUGAGAUCACUCCGGAGGACAGUCACCUGGAGAAACUGCGAUCCCGACUGACAGAGACACAGGAAUCGAUCAGUGAGCUCCGUACAGUCUGCGAGGAGGUUUCCCAGGUGUGUGUCGCUGCUGAUGAAUUGAGUCGCCAGGUAGAUCCAUCUUCAUCUGCGGCACUUCAGUCAAGUCGUCACAAUCUGUUGGGGAGGGUGUCCUACCUGGAGGUGUCACUGUCCAUGAAGAUUCCAGAAAUUCAGGGCUUGAUAGAGCAGCACGAGGAAUUCCAGCAAUGUUUACAUGCCCUGGAGACUCUACUGAAUGAAUCUGAGGAGGUUCUGAAAUCAAAUGGUUCCAGCCCUGAGGAACCGGAAGCUUCCUGCCUCGAGAUAUUGAAGGGUCAGCUGCUGAGGUUGAGCAGCAGCUUGCUGCACCUGGAAACUCUGAACCGUCUGAGCGGCCAGCUGCCAAUCGAUGGCCUGGAUUACACCAAGGUUCAGGCCCUGAACCGGCGCUGGCAACUGGCUCGAGCAACCGCUCUGGACCGCUGCAGGUAACAUCACCGUCAACCAGCUGUC